UUGGAGCGGGGAAAUUGUGUUUUCUUUCUUCUCUGCUGGAUCAACUCAGACUUGAAGACCCUCCUCCCUCCUUAAAGUAAAACUGGUCCUGAAUACCAAAUGGUCGUUUGACGAGGCCCCGCUCAAGACAAUGGAGGCGUCCGCCAACGGGUCCAGUUUCGGCAUCGACUCGCUGCUGUCCCACAGGCCGGGGAGUCCGGUAUCCAAAGGGGACAGUCUGGUGGGGGAGUGCCGCUCUCCUCUAGAGUUCAGUCCCAGAUCAGACGCAGAGUCCGGCUGCUCGUCGCCCCCGUCCCCGAGGAGAGAGUGCGUGGAGGACCUGGUCCAGAGACCAGGUCACGGUGUGGGCCUGCCGCCGCACCUGCAGCACGCGCAGAUCUCUGCAGGGUCUCAGCAGAGGACCGUGACCUCCUCGUUCCUGAUCAGGGACAUCCUCGCGGACUGUAAGCCUCUGGCCGCGUGCGCGCCCUACUCCAGCAAUGGACAGCCGACUCAGGAGGCCGGGAGGCUAGUGUCCAAGAUCUCAGAAGACUUCAUGGAGAAAAUCCACAGCAACUCGUCCUCAGACAGCGAGUACAAAGUAAAAGAGGAGGGGGACAGGGAAAUCUCCAGCAGCAGAGACAGCCCUCAGGUCCGGCUGAAGAAGCCCAGGAAGGCCCGGACGGCCUUCACUGACCACCAGCUGGCUCAGCUGGAGCGCAGCUUCGAGCGCCAGAAGUACCUGAGCGUGCAGGACCGCAUGGAGCUGGCAGCCUCCCUCAACCUGACCGACACGCAGGUCAAGACCUGGUACCAGAACCGGAGGACAAAGUGGAAGAGGCAGACUGCGGUGGGACUCGAGCUGCUGGCUGAAGCAGGAAACUACUCCGCCCUGCAGAGGAUGUUCCCAUCCCCGUACUUCUACCCACAGAGUCUGGUAUCUAACCUGGACCCUGGAGCGGCCCUCUACCUCUACAGAGGCCCCUCGGCGCCCCCGCCGGCCCUGCAGAGACCCCUAGUCCCUCGGAUCCUGCUGCACGGCCUACAGGGGGGCAGCGAGCCUCCUCCUCCUCUGCCCCCCAUGUCCGGCGUGCUGACGCGGCCAGGCCAGCAGCGGUGAGCCGGCCCCCCGCUGAGUUCAUGUUUCUUUUGACCCUGCAGGCAGCUUUGGACUUUUUUAAAGAAAUGAAUCAAAGACAGAGAAACGUGAAAAGACAAACGCAGAUAGAACAAACUGUUCAAAGGCCUUUUUAUGGACAGACUGAACUCUGAGGACUUUGUGACUCUGUCUGAGUGGAAGGAUUUUUUUCCCUUUUUGAUGGGACAUGAGCUUUAUUUAUAAUUUAUUUAUUUGUCAUUAUGAAUCAAAUAAUCUAAGUUAUGUAUUUAUUUGUUUCCAGUUUCAGUAUUUUCAGUGUUUCUCCCUGCAACGGAUACAGUGUUGGUGGCACUCUGACCUCCAGUUCCAUGCCAAUUAGACUCCCAUUAUUAUUAUUAUUAUUAUUAUUAUUAUUAUUAUUAUUAU